CCUGCAUGUAAAUGCAACUGAUGGUUCAAAGCUGCUUUCGCCAUUAAGUGUUAUGGCUUGGUUAUUGCCGAUAAAUACUCACUUGAAUAAAUGUCUCUAUGUUAUACUGAGUAACGCACCAAACUAAAGUAUAUGUUUAUAUUUUAUUUACCUGGGCUAAUGGGGUUCAUUAUGAGCAGUAAAAGCUUGCUAAGAGAAGAUGGAAAGGAAGUGGAAAGGAGAGAAAAAAAAUAUCAGUAAUAUUAAUGAAAAUCAUUAGAUCAAUUGCAAGAACAAGAAGCUAGAAAAUAGUGAGUGUGUUGAUUUAAAAGCGGCAGCAGAAAACACUAUAAAAGUAGCUAAAAAUACAUUUAUGCAUGAAAAAUAUAGUUGCUCUGCUUAGAAACUGAAUUUCACAGGUCACUUUUGACCUUGAAAACAGCAGUUGACAAGGUCCAUUUACUAGCUGUUCUGGAGCUUUCCAUCAUACAAGAUGAUCUUGGACUUGAGGUUUGAGGCUGCAGGAACUUAAAGAUGUCAGCUGUUGUAGUCGUGCAUGGUGGGGCAUGGGCCAUACCAGAUGAACUGGCCGAGGCCUCUGUUGAUGGAGUGAAGGCUGCUGCAUGUGAAGGAUUUUCUGUGUUCAAAAGAGGAGGAAAUGCAGUGGAUGCCGUUGAGGCAGCUGUGAGAGCUUUGGAAGAUAACACUGUGUUUAAUGCAGGGCAUGGAGCAGCACUAAAUACUGAUGGAGAAGUGGAGCUGGAUGCCAUUAUCAUGGAUGGAAGCACACUUGCCAGCGGCGCGGUGUCUUGUGUCAGGAACAUUGCCAACCCUGUGUCGCUGGCACGGGCAGUGAUGGAGAAGACUUCCCACAUCAUGUUGACAGGCAGAGGUGCAAACAUGUUUGCGGAGAGCAUUGGUAUAGCCACAAUUCCCACUGAGACACUGGUGACUGAGUAUGAGAGGAAAGAGUGGGAGAAACACAAGAAUUAUGUCACUGGCGUAAUGGAAGAUUUCAACUCUCACUGGGCCCAUGAUACUGUUGGUGCAGUGGCUGUGGACUGUGCUGGUAAUGUUGCAUGUGCAACAUCAACUGGAGGGAUCAGAAAUAAGAUGGUUGGCAGAGUAGGAGACUCUCCGAUUAUUGGCUGUGGAGGAUAUGCAGACAACUUUAGUGGUGCAGUGUCUUGUACCGGUCAUGGAGAGUCCAUUCUUAAAGUUACACUGGCCAGACUCAUUCUCUCACAGAUAGAACAAGGUAAAUCAGUAGCAGAUGCUUCACAGUUGUCUCUGCAGUACAUGGGAGACCGCGUUCGAGGUGCAGGAGGUGCAAUUGUGGUUUCUCCAUCGGGGCAGUGGGCAGCCACAUUUACCACAGAGCGGAUGGCUUGGGCAGCUGUGGAAAGUGAUGUUCUGUGGUAUGGAUUAGAUCCAAAUAAGAGGUUAAAAGAGCAGUUCUCCACAUAAGAAGUUUAACAGCUUUUUGUCCUUAUUAAACAUUGUACUGAGCAGUAUAAUAGGGAACUGUAUUUCACAUAUGUUUUCUACUAAUUCACUUGGAUCACUUGGUCUGACAUGGUGGAUAUUAGCUACUGUUGUCUGUAGCUACAUUUAAUUAAUAGUGUUUUUUUCUGUCUACUCUGUGAUGUUAAAGCUACAUACUCUUCAUAUGUGCUGUGAAACAUAAAUUGUAAAAGAUUGAGAAGAUAAAUAUUACAGUCUUGAGACUCAGUCACUGGAGCAACUAAUCCAUACAUUUGACUAGUUUUUCUUAUCGCAUACUGCAUAUGCAAAAAGAGGUGUAUCUGUGCAAGUGUUAUUUCUCAGAUUUGAUGGACCAUCAAGUAUUCUGUAUGUCAGUAUUCAGUCUGUGAGUAUUUCAUUCUGACCGUAGGACAGAAAACUAUCGUCCUCAAGGUGGGAUGGGACAGUUGCUCCCAUUUUAGUAAUUAUUUCUUUGAUUAGCACUUAAUGAAAUGAGCUCUUCAAUCUGAGCUGAUUAACUGAUAGAAGUGCUGUAUGUCUGUGAAAUCUAUCUGACAUUGUUUUUCACUAAAGGUCAUUCAGUUCCAUCACAAGUUGUUUGGUUUUCAGUGCUCUUUAAGCACCUCGAGUGCACUUUUGUUUUUAACAUAAAAUAGCCUCAUUGAUGAGCUUCCACUUUAUUAGGCCUGCAGCAUUGUUGGCCUGGCUUCAUCCUUUGAAACAAUGGCUGCUCAACCAGAGACAGUCGCUGUUAAUAAAACUGAUUCAGAAUUAGAAUGAGAUAGCAUGAGCAUUUGCUCCCACUGUAAUGUAAGAUAUGAGCGCAGCUCUGAAUUAUUCACAUGGUGUAUUUCAUUUUUAAAAACUGGAUAUUUCCAAUUUAAUGUCUUUAUAGCACCUAAAUAACACCUCUGACAGCAAUGUCCUCCUAGACUGGAUAAAUCUUCUUAUACCUCAUUUAGUUUUUUCAUUUACACAUUUCUUUACAUAUUACUUUUGCAUUCCAUAAGUAAUAGAAAAAAAUGAACACAACUGUGAUAUUGUAGUUAGAGGUGUAGAUGUGCAGUGAAUGUUUUCAAGUUUUAGUAAAAUAUUUAAAUCUUAUUAAUCUAAAAGAAAGUAAACCAAGAAUCGUAACUGAUCGUAUGGUAACUACUGUCCUGCAAUCAGUGUCAGAUAUUUUACCUUUUCACUUUAAUAAAUAGAAAUAAACUAACAUGUUUUAAUGUUAA